AUGAUAAACUCUGAAAUCCUUCGCAAUGCCACCAAGGCAUGCCUGGAGGAUGAGCCCAACGGAGUCUACAUUGAGACGAACCGCAGAACGCCCAAAACUGGCGACGAGAAGGAAAGCUGGGGUGGAGAGAAGAGGAUUGGGACUCACCGAACACCCGAAGCGCAUGUGACUUCUGCGAGGCCCCGUAACCUUACAGAUCUCAGCCUCAGUUUUGCGCUUCUCUUCAAGCUGACAUGCAAGCCUUCUGCCCUCCUCAGCUCAGCUGCGAUUGCCAUUGAUUACAAACCCAUGUUAGAUUUCUUGCUUGUCUCACUCUCAGAUAGCAAAGAAGCUAAAAGUACUGCAAAGGUCAAGCAACUGCUAUGCUGGCUCUCAUCUAUGGGUGUGAAGUAUGUAUGUCUCUACGACAUCGAUGGAGUCCUGAAGAAAUCAUUUGAACCUGCUGUGAAUGCUUCAAGAGAUAUUAAUGCAGGAGAAGAUUUUGGCAUUGGUGCAAACAUCAAAGAUCUACACUGUAGCCAAAGGGAGAUAGUGGUAGACUGUCUUUCUGGUUCUAAUGGCAAGGAGGGUAUUGCUAAAGCAGCCAGUUUACUUUGCUCAGCUUAUUUCAAUGGUGAUACUCAUGGAGAUGGCAAAAGGAAACCAACAUUUACAGAAGCUGACAUGGCUAGUGCGCUGAAAGCUGUAGGUUUUGGUGGACCAGAACCUGAUCUUCUUCUCAUGUAUGGUCCUGCUAGAUGCCAUUUAGGCUUUCCUUCAUGGAGAUUACGGUAUACUGAAAUUAUCUAUAUGGGGCCACUGAAAUCAUUGAAAUAUGGGGCCAUCAUGAAAGCCUUAUAUAACUUCUCAAAGAAAUACCAAAAUUAUGCCUGUGCCGACCUCCAGAUCGUCGACGUCGCCUCCAUACACAGGUUCAACAGGGAUAUAGCCGACCACGCUUUCGAGCUCUUCAAGGAUUGCUCGUCUGUGACCUGCCUCAGGAACCGGAGCGUCGAGGCGCUCGUGACUGCCACGCUCGUGCAGGCCAUCUCCAUCUGCGAGGCGCAGCAGCCCUGGACACUGCAGUGUGUAGACAUCGGAUAG